UGUCAUUCUCACAUCGCAAGGCAUAAGCAAAGACAAAAAAAGUGAGAACCAAGUGCGUUAUUUAAUUUUUAUACCAUUUAAUUUAAUUAGAAAUCUAAGCAAAGCCACAAAAUGCGCAAGUGAAAUUGUGUGACUCUAAAUACCUAAAAGGCUCUCGUGCCCGCAUCGUGUAAAUGGCAAAAAACUGACGCGAAAAGUAAAACUGCCAACAACAAGCAGCAGCAAACAGAAAGCAUAAGCAAACACUAACAACAACAACAACACUCACAGGAGUAGUAGCAACAAAAACGCAAUUGUGAUAGACAAAGAAAUAGAUUAAGAAAGGGAAGGCGAACAGCGAAAGAGAACCGAAAGAAAAGAGAAUAACGAAAACAGCAUAAAUUAUUUGGAAAAUAUUUCUUGGGCCGAACAUAUUGAUAGACAUUUGGACUAAGGAAAGUCGAGUUAAUGAUAUUUGCACAUUUGAUACGCAACGAAAACAGUUUUAAAAGUAAUACGCAGACGGAAAAAGAAGCAGAGCCAUACAAAAUAAAUAAGAAAAGCGAGGAAGCGAGAGAAGGCGAGGAAGAGAAUAAAAUAACACAGUGGCGUUGAAAGAGAGGGAGCAGCAACCGAGCGAAAAUAAAGAGGAAAAAAUGCAACUGUUGUUGAUGAAAAUAAAAACAAUCACACAAACACAUUGGGUACAGAUACAGCCACAGCUGAUGUAAAAUAAUUUGCAGAGCCUGUGUGUUCGUGCCCGUUUACAAUUGAUUAAAACCAAAACACACCGCGCACACAACCAGACAACAAUAACACUUUACACACGUACUCUCGCACUCACACACACGCAACACAAUCACACUGACGCACUAUUGUGGAAAUUGCUAAAAGAAUAUAAGAUCUGGCUACAAAAUAGCUGAUUCAUCGUUACACACUUGCGGCGCUCUCUCGCCCGCUUAAAGUGUCUGCGUCUUUCGUCGUGCGCUCUGCUCUCCGCUGCUCUCUCUGCUGUGAUCAUUUGUUUUCGAGCCACCCGCAAGUCUAGACGUGUUGAAAUCAAGCUAAACCAUAACAACACGAGUAUAAGGAAACCAUAAGUACAGGCACAUGUACCGAUGAGGAAAUACCACUAUAUCGUCUGAAGCACUGCCAAACCAUUCAAGAGACGACAGCAUCAGGAUUAGAGGGAGGAGAAGCGGGCGUGGGAGAGGGAGGAGCGGGAGUAUCCCCUCCAGAAAGCGGUAGCCAAGUCGAGGAGACAGAAAAUCACCAACGGCUUCAUGAUGCUGUACGUGUUCCAUGUGGACGUCGGCCGCAUGCUAAGCUUUGACAUGAACGUUGCACUGCAGCCAGUGGAGCAUCUAAAGGAGACGAUCCAGAAGCUGCACAACAUCCCGGCCGCUAACAUUGUUUUGCUGGUGAGCGGAGGCGAAAUGCUAACGCACUCCACCCAAGUGUCGUGCUACUCAGCUGGCACGGACACCAAUCCUAUCUAUAUGUUUCUCACGGGGGACGAGCGCCUACCGCCAACGAUUUUUAACUCGGACGCCGACAACGAGCUCCGUCGUCAAGUAGAAGAAAGUCACCGGUUACCUCCGGCUUUGGAGACAGUGCGUCAGCGCGCUCAGCUGGCUCAACACAUGCGCGAGUUGGCCAGAAAGGAGGAGGAUCUGUGCGAGCGUCUGGUUCAUGAGCAACACCUGCAGCAGCAGGGCUGGUCGGCUGUGGUGGCCAAUAUGGAGGAUUUGACAAACGAGUUUUGCGACCGCUUCCAAAAUUUCUGCUCCUUUUUUGAUCGGCAUCUCCAGAAACGAGAGAGCUUUUUGGAGCUGCUGCGCAACUUUCCCGAUGAUCUCAAACAAUUGGGCAGGAUUCCCAUACUUCCGGAUCUAAUGUCUCUUGCCGAGGCCGAGUUUCAUGGCUUUGACGAACUGUUGGAGAACGACGACGUCUUUACUGCCCAGCAACAGCCAGCGCAGCAGCAGCAGGCUCUCACCGAAUCCUCCCAAUCGGAUUCUCCCAAUAAAAAGCUGAAAAUGGGCGACGAGGUGGAAACGGAAUCUGAUGAGCAGCCGGAGCGCGGUGUUCAGACUAGCAGCAGUUCGCUUUCCCGUCGUCCCAACCUAAAUCUGCUGCAGUGGAUUAGUUCCAAGGGUAACCACAGGGCCCUGCAGCUCAUGUCAGACGAGUGCAUCCAGGGACUGGACAUUUUCAGUGCGGACAUUUACGAGAAGCUGAAGGAGGAAGUCAAUCAGAUCAUUAAGUUGGCUAACCAGGCCGAUGUUAAGGAGAUAAAGGGCCUCGGCGACCGUCUCUGCAGGCUGGAGGAGUUUAAGUUCCGGAUCAAGAAGAUGGUGCAGGAGCAAAAGGAGCAGGCACUAGCCCUUCAGCAGAAUGAGGCGCGGGCGCAGAAUCUGCGCGACAAUUCCGUCCUCCCGGAUCUUUGCCUCUCGCAUCGCUCUCAGCUACAGGUAAUGCUGGAUAAUCACACUAAGAUACGCGAGUACUGCCGCUGCAUAGCCAACUCCAAGGAUGAGCUGGGCUGGAAUCUGCACACACGUCUGCGGCGGAUCGUGUGGAUUGAGAAUGGGAUGAGUGAGUUUGACAACAGAUUGCUGUUUAAUCAUCGCUGCUUGCGGCGUGCAGAACGUCACAUCUGCAUCAUCGAGCAAAUCCACCGGGCGCCGAGCACUUAUGUUUCGGCCGUGGCGGAGGUGGUGCGUCGGAAGAUCUUUUCGGAUGAGUUUCGGCAGUGGGCCACUCGACUUUCUGCAGACUUUGAUCGCAUCCACAGCGAGGAGUUGCGCCGAAGGAGAGAGUUCAAUGCGAGCUUUGAAGGCCAUUUUCUCAAUAUUCUGUUUCCUGGGAUGGGUGACAUGCCCCCAGCUUUUGCAAAUGAGCACCCCUUGACCUUUGACACACGUCUCCCUUCAUUGAGCCGAUCGGACAUGGAGCUGCUCUCCUCGCAGUUGCCAGAACUGGCCGCACAGAUGCAGUUGCCCGACAUGAAGCCUGUGAUAGACUUUUUCGCCCUGCGUUCGGUUAAGAAUGUGGACCGAGACCUAGAGGAGGACCGGAAUAUCCCACUAAAUGUUCCACGUUUGGCCGAGCUACAGGCGCAGGCAACAGCCUCUGAUUGCGAAACUGAUACGGAAACAGAGUUCGAGAAGCUUAGCUCCACUUCCAAGUGUGUUGCUACAUCAACCUCGACCAGUUUGGUGGAGCAAGUGGCACAGAGUACUGCUACCGAGGACCUGCUAAUGCUAAGUGCUGGCACCCUAACCGAAGAGAAUGCAGGAAGUUUUCAGAGGAUGCGAAGCGAUAUGGAAAACAUGUCCAAGUUGGCCCGAUCAUGCCUUGCCGAAGCUCGUUCCAAUGUGGGCAUCUUUCGCAGUGAUGUUGCCAACUACCAGGAUGAACUCCAGUCUGAGUUGCAUCUUCUGCGAGAUAAAUGCAAUGUGCUAAAAAUGUUGUGUGAGACACGCGAGCAGAAAUCCCAAGAGAAGCUGGAGAAGAUGCGCUUAAAACUGCAAAUGGUAGAGCAGGACAAGCAGGCUGCGGUGGCCCAGGCGCGUGAGGAGCUUAUCCACGAGCACAAAACGGAGCUGGAGUCCCUACGUUGCCGAUUUAAACUGAUGACCUCUAUGGAGCGUUCACCAUCGGACAGCAGUCUUGAGAAAAUAGAGCGACCGACAAGCAGCGCUAGCGUGGUCAGCGCAAACGCUGGUGUGGAUAUCGACCAACUGCUGGCCCAGCAGCGCCAGGAGUUGCUGGCCCAAAGGGAACGUGCCAUUAGCGAAGCCGUUGAUUCGGAACGAUCACUAUGGCAAUCACGUCUGCUUCCCCUGAACUCUGAAUCUGUGAUGGCCAACGUGGGCAUAUUAAAGGACAUGUUGGCCGACAAGGAAAGGCAGCUGGAGCAGCUGCGGGAGCAGAAUAAGAUUCUCACACAAGAGACGUACCAACUGAAGACCCGACUGGAGAUGAUCACCAACGAGGAUGGCAACAGCUGGCUCAAGGAGAAGAUCGACUAUCUUAACAAGGACAAGUGUCGGCUGGAAGAGGAGCUCAGCCAGGAGAAGAGCCGGCGCCAAGAAAUGGAGUCCAGCGUGGCUGCCAUGAGAAACUCUGCCUACGAUCUGAAUGUUGGUGGGCCCCUGACCCGAUCGAAGUCUGGCGUAAAUCCCAGUCACCGAUCUAUCGCCUUGGAAGGAUGUGCACGAGGCGAUCUUGUCUUCGUCGUUUGGAGCAUGCGCCACGCGCAAUUUAUGGUCGUCCAGGACUCGCUCACUUUGUACUUUGUCCAUGCCGACAGUUUGGCUAGUCUGCAGUUGACAGCUCCGAACACACCCACUCCGGCAUUGGACCCCUCGCAGACAGUUGUGGAUCUCAACCAGAUUCCGCUGCCCUACUACGCCAUUGGCCGGGUCACCGACAAGGAGUACUGCCAGGCGCGAAAGGACGACAAUCGGUAUCGCGUUAGUAGGGGAUCCAAGUUCUAUCGGAUCAAGCUGGCCCCUUUGCCCUCUCGAAACGCUUCGCGGCGUGAGCGCUUAGAAUCCAGCUCAUCCGCCGCCGCAGUCGUGGUAUCGCCCAGAGAUGUCAUUGAUGCUCCCGGCAGCAGCACUAGCGUCUAUCAGAACUUCAAGCAGCGCACGGUGAGCAUUACGAGCGUAAAUGAGGAGGAUGAUGAGUCGGCAUCGCUGCUCAGCGAGCGUUGUCGCUACAUAAGCGUCAGCGAAGAGGAUGAGUUGCAUGCUGCUGGUGGCUCAGUGCCGGCAGUAACAGCUGCUGUUGCAACAGCCCCAUCGACCGCAUCAUCAUCUGCAACACCAAUUACAACUGCUGCAUUGGUAGGAGGAGGUCCGACAUCAACUGCUACGACGGCAGCAACUCAAGCACAGUCUGUGAUAACAGAGCAGCCAACGGCAUCAAGUAAACUUAAAUUGGAUCUACUGUUGGCCUCUGCUGAUAUAAUAACACAACCCCUAACACAACAACCACACCAACAGCAACAGGAACUUGAACAACCAGCUCAGGUGGGAAGUGCAGCGCCUUUGGCUGAAACGAGUUCAAAUAAAUCAAUCCAACCGGAGAAUCCGGAACCGGAAACCAUCACCAUCUAUGUGCCCCCCAAUCCCCCAGCUGUAUUAACUGCUACUCCCUCUACUAGUGCUAGCAUCCUGGCCAGCAUCAGUGCGGAGCCUAUUAUCAGCACAGCCUCCAUGCUGCCGAUGUCUAUUGGCACGGCGACCAUAAGCGAGGACUCGGACGAGUACCGUUCGCUGGAGGGCAAAGAUGAUGGCGAUGCCGAUGAGUUUCCGAUUUCUGGGUAGUGCACCUUAAUUGGGAGGCACAUAUAACUACUAAUAUACAUAAAUGGAGUGUGUAUCUAGGCUAAAUCUUGUACUCUAUGUAGGAACCACGUCAAAACCAACAAACAAUAUCCGAAAACAAGCCUCAGUGCCGACACACACAAUACAGUAGACUCAAACAUCAACAGCAACCUUUAACAAAAACCGCAACGUGAAAGUUAUAUACUAACUGAUUUAAAGUUAGCCAAGUGCGCAAUAUAUAUUCAAAAUGAAACUAGAAACAAAUGUUUUAAUGUCUGCUUAAUGAAAUAAUCUUAUCAAAUCUAAAAACGGGCCCUACCCCUUCAAACACAACUAUACCGAGAUACAGGCACAGCUAGGAUUUUCGAAAUUUGUAUUUAAAAUAAAAAUAAUGUACUUUAACAAAUUCACCUUAUAUUCAAAAUAUUUACAUCGGUAGUUUUCGGUUUAAAGUUAUUAUUUGCUUAAUUUAGUGCCAAGAAAAUUAUUUCCAAGUCACAUUAGUUUCGUAGCGAGUAAAAUUGAGAUGAGGAACACAAAAUUAUAUUUUUUAUAGCCGUUUUAAAAAGACUAUAACACAAAGAGUUUGCACACACACCCACCCUAACACAACACAGGGUUCAGCCUGCAAAAACACAGUUUUAUGCUCAGCUUAUACCACUCUCUUCCCCUGUCCCUCCAAAAAUUAAACAUUCUACUUUCUCUCCUUGUCUAUAUCUAAGAUAUUUUGAUUUUUCGACUUUGUGUAUAUAAAUAAGAACGGAAAUCGACGAAUAGUUAUUUAUGCCUUUAUUAAUACAAGGAAACACUUGAAAAUUACAACAAAAUAGAUAUAUACCAUUUAAUGAUUUAUGCGUUAUAAAGCGAUAGUUUUUUUAACGCAAAGUGUAAAUAUAAAGAAACAAAAAAUUAGAUUUAAAAUAGUUUAAACGAUUUAAAUGAGGAAACUUGUAAACGAUGGUGUAACAGAAGCGGAUCGCAGAAUUGUCAAGCUUGCAAAAAAAGUGUAAAAUCAAAAAUCAAAUAAAAAAUGGUAAACAUUUCAAAACUA